CUUCAUCUGGGCUUGCUGAGAUACUCUUGGGCCGUACCAAGACGUCCAACAGAUAGGUCUCCUCCUCUACUGGACUGUGUCCCCUCGAACAAAGCCUGAUGCUACUAUAGAGCAACACCCUCCUCCUUCUAUCCCAAGACGCAGCAGUCACUAAUUGUCAGGGGUCGAACAAGGAUAAGGUAGUCUGCUUAGCGGCCGCGGAUUACCUGCAUUCGGACCCUUCGAGACGAAGGAGACGCGGCUCAGCGCCUUACGCAGCGCUUCGUUGGCUCCUACUUCCUCGAAUUCUCCGUCAUGCCCAUCUCUCCGACGGGUUCGCUGCGUUCCUUUCGAGGAUUCAGCAGCGAACACGAUCAGAACCGUUCAGAACGUAUGCGCUCUGGAGGAGGUCAGCGCUCGAGCAGCAGGGGGCCAAGCAGCAAAGGUGGAGCAGGUAUCGCUGCUGCGAGCUGGGUCGAUGACACGAGUCCCAAAUCUUCGCCCAUCGUAGCCGGCGACCAGGCAUCCUCCUCGACUGGCUUCGAUCCGCAAACGCAAUCUUCUCCUGUACAGAACUCGCCAGCCCGUCUCAACUUCUCAGUGACAGCAGCUCCCAACGAUAGGCUCGACUCGAAUCGUUCUGCAAAUGGCAACAACGAAGCAGAGACAGGCGCAGCUUCCGGAUCAGGUCUGUACCUGACCACAAAUGUCUUUGGUCCCUCAUCACAACAUCAGCAUCCACCCUCACCGCUCUCAGCCGGAUCAACAGGCAGCCAUGGUCAUCCUCAUUCGACGGGUCACAGUGGCUCAAAUACGCCUCCUUCGGCAGUCAGAUCGCCUGGAGCUGGUGGAGGUUUCUUCUCGAUCCUCCGACCCACCUCACCAAGAGUAGUUGACGGAUCCUCGGUCGGGACUGAGAAACGGAAGCCGAAGGAGCGGACCGUAAUCACAGGCGGGCAAGCAGGGGAGAGCUCUCGCGACGCAAAGGAGAGAAGCCUCGCUGAUCGGUCACGAAAGAAUGGUAGCAUGCUCUUUGACCACGUUGGCAGUGUUUUUGAGCGCUUCGGUAAGAAGGUACACUACCGCUCUGACUCAAGGGAGCCGCCAAAGGGAAGCCCUGACGCACUUACUGGAGCUAGCAGUGGAGGAGACGAGUCGUCACUUGUCGAUCCCACCUCCGCUGUCGCGCCAACCGCGGAUCAAAUUGACCUCCUGGAAGAACUUGCAGCACAAAAGCCACCGCUCCUGCGCAAUCCUUCUGCAUCGUCUGUGAUAAGCUUCGAGUCCGUCGAAGAUGGUACAGUCGCGGGUCGCCAGGCGCUCGGAAGGAUGCUAAUCCAGGUGACCGAGGACAAUGAGAGAUUCCUAGUGGUAGACGUGUCCGGUCUUGACUCGGCAGCAGGCAUCAAGGAGCGGAUGUUGAGCAAACUUCAUCGCUUUGAGGACGAUCCGGCAUCAUUUGUCUUCUACCGGACUGAGAUCGGAAUGUCAGAGACCAGCGGACCUCCGAUCGCCGAAGACAGUCUUUGGACGGUUUGCAAGGCCCUGGGUGACAACAAGGGCAACCUCAAAUUCUUGCUCAAGCAGAUUGGUCCCCCCGCCCGACCGACUAGCACUGGUCCACCUCCCGCUGCUGCAGUCACCGCACUGUCAGAGCCACAGAGGCGCAGGAGUAAGCAGGAGUCUGGGAGCAGUGAGUCUCCACUGAGUCCACAGGCAAUUUUCGCUCAGUCAAAUGCCGCUGCUACCUCUGGCGAUCGUCACUUGAAGGCCGACAGUAUCAGCUCUGUCUCUUCUACAGGAGACUAUGCCUUCCAACACGAUGGCGCCGAAGGAGGAAAUGGAACCCUGGCCACGUACGAUAGCGGCUCGGAGACUGGCCGCAAGAAAGGUCUCGCUCGCUCAAAAGGUGUCAGCCGGAGAAGCUUCGCGAGUGGCAGUGCGGGAAGCAGCGAUGACCCUCGCUUCUCUGGUCUGAGUCAAGCCACUUCUUCGCGACCGUCCUCAGGGCUCUUGGCUGUCCGUGAGGGACGCUCUGACUCGGUUCAUACCAAGGGAACCACUGUAGAGGAUGAGCCCAGAGGGAAAGGCAGUGUCCAUGCCGAGCAGCACGACGCUCGUGAUCCAGAUGCUCCAAUCCACGUACAGGGUCAAGCUUUCAGUGGACCUGCAGAAGAAAUGGAAGAAUUGCAGCAAGUCUCGGUAGAGGAAGAGAGACCGGUCCUGCCUCGGCGCUAUUCGAGAGGAACUCCGCAGCGUCCAGCAACAAGUUCAGGGUAUUCCAAUGGUAAUGCUUUAGCAUCUGCUGCGAGGUCACCGUCGAAGUCACCCCGAAAUAAGGCGACUGAGCUCGACCGUCACGCGCACAGUCCGCCGUCUCAGCGUCAACAGAUGCCAGAAGAUAGCUCAAGCCGACGGCGAGACGUGCAAACAGCGGAACGUGACGAGUACGAUCUACAUGAUGCUGCCAGGAUGUACAAUCAGCCUGACGCAGGCUAUGAGCAAUUGCUCGCCCAGAACUUGGCUGGUGGAUCGUCAAAAAUCAACAAUAGGCAAGGAGGCAAUGCUCUACAGCCCAUCAGAAGCAUGGAAGAUCUGAAGUCAAAGUCAGGAAGUGAGGUCAAUGCCAGUAGAAGCGUCAAAGACAAUCCUUCGUCAACUCAGCCCAAGACAUCCCGCGCUAAUCGGCAGUCUGUGUCUGACUACCUUCCCGAAGAGAUGAGGUCGCCAGGUAAAGACGGGAGGUAUCCAAGUCUCACAGUUGCUAGAGAAGCAGCAACCGGACCAGUCCAAAUGCCUCCAAACAAUCAAAGCCGUCGACCCGGAUCAGCAGGCCAAGUCUCUCGACCAGCACAACCUCUUGCACCGUUGCAGCCGAGACAUUCGGCAGAUGGUCCACCGAUGGGCGUGGCGCAGUCUGGUGCAAUCAGUGCUGUGGCGAGCUCUACGGCUCCUCGGCAUCCUCCGUCAGCCACCUCGAUGCGAAUGGCGAGCUCCUUCGACGGAGGUUACCGGGAUCAGUUCCCGGGGCAGAUGUCUCAUCGAGGGCCUGGGACUCUAAGGGCCCCUGCUUCUGGUGUCGCACUGGCUCACAACUACCAGGCGCAACACCAGCAUCACGUGCAAGCUAUGUCUGGUACUGCACACCCUCAUCCGCCCAAUCUCUACAUCAACGAGUUCGGAGCGAGGGUCUACACGGACCCUCGUGCUGGUCCUCAUUCGUACCAUGGGCCUCCAGCCUUGACGCCGUUUCCGCAGCGCCCUCAUACCUUCCAUGACGCAGGCAACCCGGCAACCGCCCAUUAUCGGGCAUUCAUGUCUCCUCCGGAACCUAAGGAAGAUCCCUACAUUCAGGCUCGCUUUCCCGCCUCCAGCACUAGGCAAGUCUCUGAAUUUCUGCGCACUGGCCAAGCAGGUGGGAGUGUUGCUCUGUCUCCUGGCAUGACUGUACAGGAGACUUUGCAGCAUCGAAGGCAAAGUGGCGGACAAGAGCCGCGGCAGCCCUUUGUUCAUCCGCACUUUGGACCUAGGGAGCCUCGUGCUCUCAACCAGCCUCAAAGUGCCUCCCAGUGGGAUCCCAGAUCUGCCCACCACCACCAUCAGCAGCAGCAGCAGCUCCAUCAACUCAAGCAGCAAGAGCAACGAGAGGCGUCGUCACCGCAUCCUCCCGUAUUGAUGCCAAGGUCGUCGCACGAUGCUCGUCAGACUGCGCAGAGCAGCAUGCCAGGUCAACACGCUCAGCGCCCUUCUCAAGAGUACCACUAUCCACGCACUCCCGCUACGUCCUCCCCUCAGCAAGGAGCUACCAGGAUUGUGGGUCCCCAGAAUCUUCACGGACAAGCUCCCCAGUACAGAGGUCCUCCCCCCGCAGCUCUUCCUCAUUCGCAGCGCAGCGCUCCAGCCCACACAGGCGGUCAGUACCAACAGCAGGUGUCCUCAACGCAUCCCAGGACCUCUACCGGGAGCGGACAACAAGGUGAUGGUCAUCACCGCGGCAGUACCAACGGCGGCUCAGACCGUUCGUCUGGUCUGUCAUUCAAGUCCACAGAAAGCGAUGCAGUGGCUGGCCACCGUCGCAGCCUGUCCAGGGAAAGCAGUCAGCCUCGCAGUUCUAUUGAAGAGUCUAUGACGGCACCUACAUCAGCUCGCAGCUCGGGCAGUGGGCCGCUGCCUGGUCAACAUCUGAAGUCCUUGGAAUCUCCGCCACCAUCGGGAGGUCCUGCUGCCUCGUCUCGAGUGAGGAAUCAGCCCACUCAUGUCGGCCCCGAUGAGAUUGAUGUGUCGAGGAUUCGCCCACUACCCCGCCUGCCAGUGACGUCAGCCGUAUCCUCGACGGCUUCAAAGUCGGCCAAGGCAGCGCAAUCUCAUGACGGCGAGGAUGAAGGAACACUCAAAGCUGAUCAGUGGGCUUCGCUGCUUGCUAAUGCAUCCGGUGACAGCAAUGCUCUCAAGCCACCGCGCAUGCCCGCAGCCGCUUCUCCAAACAGCACUGUCAAAGCUGAUUCUCCAUCUACGGCCUCUUCCUCGACAGCCACUGUCAAGAGCCCUUCCGGUCAAGGGAGCAGCAGAAUUGGUAAUUUCCAUCUCGAUGAUGGAGGUGGAGGGACUUUCGCUUCGUUCGCAGAUGAUGACGACGAUGAUGAGGGUGGAACCUGGGCGAAGCCUUUGGAUGCUGCCCCUCCACUGUCAAACAAUCCCUCGUCACUCAGCUCAGGGAGCAGCGGGAAAGACAGCGGACAAACCACUUCGUUGGAUGAUGCUGAUGACUCAGGCACACUCAAGCCAUCGCUCAAAGCGCCCGACGGCGUUUCUCUGCUUGAAAGAGUUUCAAGUCCCAGCAGACGCCCAGAGUUGCGGCUGACGAUUGAUGCACCAAACUCUCCUGCUGCUGCUUUCGUCAAAGCUCGUGCUUCACCCCAUGAUUCGCCUGCGCUGAGUUCUAGCAGCAAUGGAGGACCUGUCCCACUUUCCUCGACCUUUUCACCUGGAGUCCUUCGCAAGAGCUCGUUCGCUCGGCGAGACAAUGCUUGGGCGAUGCGUCCUCCCCCAGAGCAGCUGUACGAGAAUCUGGACGAGUUCUUCCCUCGCCACGACCUGGACAAGCCGGUACUUGACGCAGCUGCUGCAGGCGCUCCUCCCAGCCCGUUGCCAUCUAGUGCUGCGUCUGGCAGCCCUUCGACGACUAGCUCCGGCCGACAUCAGCUUACAACUGCAUCUCCCACAAGUGCUUCAUCGCUGACUCGUCACAAGAAGUCAAUUCGACGAGUCGCCGAAGAUCGGAUGCGAUUCAUGGAGAUGAAUGGCGGGGCACAGACGGCUGACACGCCAGCGCCGAGACGAGCACCUGUCUUGAGCUCGGGCGUGGGAAGUCUGACACCGAUGACGGCGGUGAAUGCGGCGUCCAGCUCGUCGGUCACCUCGCCAGGAUUGGGUCUUGCUCGGAGGAGAAGCACAAAGCUGUGGGGUACCAAGCUGCUAGAGAUGACGCCAGGCUCAGAACAGGUCAACCGUGGAUCUCACGCGGCUUCCGUGUCAGGAUCCUCCGUAGCCGAAUCGCCCUCUGCCGACUCGAACGCUCUCCCCGUCUUCAAAUGGGUCAAGGGUGACCUGAUUGGAAAGGGAACGUAUGGAAGAGUGUACCUCGCUCUGAAUGCAACCACUGGUGAAAUGAUCGCCGUCAAGCAGGUCGAGCUACCUCGGACUGAAAGCGAUCGAGAGGAUACGCGGCAAAAGGGAGUGGUCACUGCUCUGAAGUCAGAAAUCGACACGCUGAAAGACCUUGACCAUCCCAACAUCGUGUCCUAUUUGGGCUUCGAGGAGACGCCAAAGUACCUUCACCUCUUCCUCGAGUAUGUCCCCGGUGGCAGCAUCGCCAGUGUUCUACGCAAGUACGGGCCUAUGGAAGAAGGCACCAUAAAAUUCUUUGUCUUGCAGAUCCUCUCCGGUCUAACCUAUCUCCACGAGCGUGGUGUUCUGCAUCGAGAUCUCAAGGGCGACAAUCUCCUGGUAAACCUCGACGGCACAGUCAAGAUCUCCGACUUUGGUACAGUGCGAAAGAGCGAUAACAUCUACAGCAACGUCGAGGGGAUGAGUCUACAAGGUUCCGUCUUUUGGAUGGCCCCAGAGGUGGUGACGAUGAGCAAGAAGGGCUACAGUGCAAAGGUUGACAUCUGGUCCCUUGGAUGCGUCGUGUUGGAGAUGCUCGCUGGAAGGAGACCCUGGUCAGACGAUGAAGCAGUGCAGGCCAUGUUCAAGAUCGGAAAGGAAGGUCGAGCACCUCCUAUCCCUCCCGACGUUAGACCAUCGCCAGAGGCGGCCCACUUCCUCAAGAAAUGCUUUGAGCUAGACCCGGACGCCCGUCCAACGGCGUCGCGUUUGCUGGAGCACGUGUUCCCCUACAACAACAAUGAGUGGUCAUUCAAGGACACGAUGCUCUACAAGACGAUGAAGAAUACGGUGCGGAAUCGAUGAAGAGCGAAAGCCGAGAGAUGAUGGGCACAGUGGACUAUGUCAGGAGAAGAGUGAGCUAUCCGCAAGGUGGACGGGGAAAGAUUGCAAGCUUCUCUCCAACCCUCCCAUUGCUUUCGCACUCGCUCUCUUUGCGGACUUCCAUCAUCCCCGUCCAUUCUACAUUCUACACACUUUCAUUUGUUCGUGUCACCUCACCACCCAUUGCAAAGGGAUUAUACCAUUAGUACAGUACCACC